CAGUCUCUGGCGGUAUAGGUCGGAAGUGACCGCUUUCGGUCGGACCGGUUUGUGUUUGUCGCUGGUUCCGUUUCCGGGGCGCUCUUGGAAUCAGCCGGUUUCCUCGCUUGCGGUGGCUAGAGCCGGUGACAACAUGAGUUACGAGCACCGACGGGAUUGGAACCGCGGGGCCGGGCCUCGCUCCUCUCAGUCAUCCACCUCCACCGGCCGUGGGGGAGGCGGCGGCGGCGGCGGCGGCGGCGGGGGAAGAGGCGGGGGUCGGGGCCGUCCCCCUCCCCACCUGAAGGGCCGAGAGAUUGGCCUGUGGUACGCGCGCAGGCAAGGCGAGAAGAGCAAAGAGGCCGAGCGGCAGCAGAGAGCUGUGGUGCGUAUGGAUGAGCGCAGAGAAGAACAGAUUGUGCAGUUGCUGAACACUGUCCAGAGCAAAAAUGAAAAAGAACAAGAAGCCAUGUCUUGGUGGUCUGAUGAGGAAGGAUACACAAAGGAAGCUCCUGUAAAACCAAAACCUGUUGUGGAAAAACCUGUUGUGGAGAAGGCUCCUGAAAAGCCUAGACCAAUCUUGGAGAAAAUGUCCCUAGAUCAAGAUUCAGCAUAUCUUUUACAAGAAAAUAAGCCAGAUAUUGAUUUGGAUGAGCAACUCAAAGAAGAAUUGAAAAAGAAACAAUUUGAUUCCAGAUAUAUUGAAAUGAAGAAAUUUCGUGAGAAACUACCUUCUUAUGGAAUGAGAAAGGAACUUGUAAGCCUCAUUAACAGUAGUCAGGUAACUGUUAUAAGUGGUGAGACUGGUUGCGGAAAGACGACUCAAGUUACUCAGUUCAUUUUGGAUGACUAUAUUGAGAGAGGGAAGGGGUCUUCUUGCCGGAUUGUAUGUACCCAGCCUAGGAGGAUCAGUGCUAUCUCUGUGGCGGAGAGAGUAGCAGCAGAAAGGGCCGAAAUGUGCGGUAAUGGAAAGAGCACAGGAUAUCAAAUUCGUCUUGAAAGCCGGUUACCAAGGAGACAAGGUUCAAUUUUGUACUGCACAACAGGAAUUGUCCUACAGUGGCUCCAGUCAGACAAGCAAUUAUCCAGUGUUAGUCACGUAAUCCUUGAUGAAAUCCAUGAGAGAAAUCUUCAAUCAGAUGUUUUAAUGACCAUUAUUAAAGAUCUCCUAAGUAUACGACUAGACCUGAAAGUAAUAUUGAUGAGUGCUACCCUGAAUGCUGAGAAGUUUUCCGAAUAUUUUGACAAUUGUCCUAUGGUCCAUAUUCCUGGCUUUACCUAUCCUGUCAAGGAGUACCUUUUGGAAGAUGUGAUUGAAAAGCUACGGUACACUCCAGAAAAUACAGAUUCUCGAUCACGUUGGAAAAAAAGGUUUCUGCAGGGGCGUGUAAGCAGGCAGGAAAAGGAAGAGAAAGAAGGAAUCUAUCAUGAACGAUGGCCAGAUUAUUUAAAGCAGUUGACAGAAAGGUAUUCAGAAAGUACAAUCGAAGCAUUAGAAAUGAUGGAUGAUGAUAAAAUUGAUCUUGAUUUGAUUGCGGCACUGAUCAGAUAUAUUGUUCUUGAGGAAGAGGAAGGUGCAAUAUUGGUAUUUCUCCCUGGAUGGGACAACAUUAGCACUCUACAUGAACUUCUCAUGUCUCAAGUUAUGUUUAAGUCAGAUAGGUUCAUCAUCAUACCUUUGCAUUCACUGAUGCCUACUGUUAACCAGACCCAGGUUUUUAAAAAGACGCCCCCUGGAGUCCGUAAAAUUGUAAUUGCAACCAACAUUGCUGAGACUAGCAUCACCAUAGAUGAUGUGGUAUAUGUUAUAGAUGGAGGAAAGAUAAAGGAAACCAACUUUGAUACACAGAACAACAUUAGCACGAUGGCUGCCGAGUGGGUUAGCAAAGCAAAUGCCAAGCAAAGGAAAGGAAGAGCAGGGAGAGUCCAGCCAGGUCAGUGCUAUCAUUUGUUCAAUGGUCUGCGUGCUAGCCUGCUGGAUGAUUAUCAAUUGCCAGAAGUCCUGAGAACGCCUUUGGAAGAACUCUGUUUGCAGAUCAAGAUUUUAAAGCUUGGAGGAAUUGCUCACUUUCUGAGCAAGCUUUUGGAUCCACCAUCACGUGAUGCUGUGUUACUGUCUAUAAAUCAUCUCAUGCAACUGAAUGCCUUGGACAGACAAGAAGAAUUGACUCCCCUUGGAGUCCACUUGGCCCGAUUACCAGUGGAGCCACAUAUAGGAAAAAUGAUUCUCUUUGGAGCAUUAUUCUGUUGCUUAGAUCCUGUUCUCACCAUUGCAGCCAGCCUCAGCUUCAAGGACCCUUUUUUCAUUCCCUUGGGUAAAGAAAAAGUGGCAGAUGCAAGAAGAAAGGAACUGUCAAAGAACUCUAAAAGUGAUCACCUUACCGUUGUGAAUGCUUUCAAGGGUUGGGAAGAAGCUCAGCGACGCGGCUUCAGGUGUGAGAAGGAUUAUUGCUGGGAGUAUUUUCUUUCUUCAAACACUUUGCAGAUGCUGCGUAACAUGAAAGGACAGUUUGCUGAACAUCUCCUUGCAGCUGGGUUUGUGAAUAGUAGAAGCCCCAGAGAUCCCAAAUCAAAUACUAAUUCAGAAAAUGAGAAGUUACUUAAAGCUGUUAUCUGUGCUGGUUUAUAUCCAAAGGUUGCAAAGAUCCGAGCAAACUUCAGCAAAAAGAGGAAGAUGGUUAAAGUUUCCACUAAAACAGAUGGAACUGUUUAUAUUCAUCCCAAAUCUGUAAAUGUUGAAGAGGCAGAAUUUCAUUACAACUGGCUUGUUUAUCAUUUGAAAAUGAGAACCAGCAGCAUAUACCUGUACGAUUGCACAGAAGUCUCUCCAUAUUGCCUCUUGUUCUUUGGAGGAGACAUUUCUAUCCAGAAGGACAAAGAUCAGGAUACAAUUGCUGUGGAUGAAUGGAUUGUAUUUCAGUCUCCAGCAAGAAUAGCACAGCUAGUGAAGGAUUUAAGAAAAGAAUUGGAUGACCUUCUACAAGAGAAAAUAGAAAACCCACAGCCUGUGGACUGGAACAAUACUAAAUCAAGGGACACUGCAGUGCUGACAGCCAUUAUAGACUUAAUCACAACACAGGAGAAUGAAGGUUCCAGAAACGUUGCCCCCCACUUCCAGAGCAAACAAUACAGUUAGCAUUAUCCCUGUGCUGCUGAAGAGAUGACAGCUCGGCCUGAUUUUUGUUGAUCAUUUAUCUUUGGGCAUCUUGUAGCUUCACUUUUAAUGUCAGUAGUUCACAAGGGCUUUCUGUGUGCUGCAUGGAGUAUAUAAAAUGCCUAUUUAAAAUACUUGCCCGUAUUGCACAGUCUAUGGUAUUAUAUAUGUCUUGUCUCUAUGCUGCUUCUUGAGAACUGUAACUUUUGUGAGGUAAAAGCUGGAUGAAAUUGAAAACGAACUGAAAACUUUUUUUACAUUCUCCCACCAUUUAUAUUAUUUUCCUGCUGUCUGUAGAGUUGCUGCUUUGAAAGCUGUAAACUAUUAAAGUCGCCACUUUGAAAACUA